ACUCAGAAGUCAAAAUGACAACGGCAUAUAAUACCUAAAUCUUUUCCCUUAUGUCCUAAGCAAGGCCCAAGAGACAGCACAGCACUGCCUGACCACUUCCCGUAUAAAUCAGCCAUUCCUUGCAUCUUCCACACCUCCAGUUCCCCCACCAUGCACAACAACGUCUACUGUGCCUUUUGUGGAGUCAUCCUGGAACGGGAUCCAAUCAAUCCUGAUACUUGGGACCAGCGCAACCCCCGCCCAUGGUACCGGAAGGUCCGUGGAUUGACCACUCUGCUUUACCCUGAUCGCGCUACUGUCACCGGGGUCGGGUUGAUUUACAACUUUGAUGUUCUUGACGCCCCAGCUGAUAGCAAUCUGUCUUAUGCCGAGAUCGAGGUUCCGUCGUGGGGCCGUUGGGAUCUAUCCAACUAUCGUGGGAAUGCCUGGGCAUUUGGUGUUCAUGAGGCCUGCUGGCAGAUACUUCUCCUUCGACUCAGCCACUUGGAUCUAAGAGAAAUUGUCCCAGCGGUUUAUCGCCAGCUAUUCUGCGUCCCUUGCAUCGAAGGAUCUAGCUUUGACUGGGGACAUGACUAUGAUGGCGCCGCCCGAACACACAAGUUGCGCGGGCUAAACAAGCAGCGCCCGCGACCGCUACCGGUGGAUGAGACUUCACCUCUGUACGCUGAUCCCUGCAGCUCUCCACCACUGGAUGCCUUUGAGAUAGUAGCACCUGCUGCCUGCACCGUCUCCCAAUAUUUUCAGAGUACAAGCCGUCACAGCUUCAAUUCCCUGUCCCCUGAGCUGAUAUAUGAGAUCUUGCGGUACCUCUCUUGUAAAGAGGUUGCGAUAUUGAGGCUCGUCAAUCGGAACCUUGCUGUAACUGCGGCCUGGAAUAGACUGCCUCAGUCAUACUGGCGAUCUCGAUUCCAGCGAGGCGGCGAAGCGGACUUCUUAUUCGCAAACCUCAGCGAUAGGCGGGACUGGCGUGGGCUUUUUUUCGCCGUAACAGCCAUGCUACAAGAUGGACGAAACCUCUGCUUGGUCAACCGAAAAAGGGUCCGCAAACUUAUCGAACCCAUUGCUCUGAUUGCGGAACAGGAUUCUGCUUCACGACCUAGCCUAUAUGGCACUGCAGUCCGCGGAGUACCAAGGGAACUGGACCGAGUUCAACUGCCGUGCAGCCAGGGUGCCAACAAUGCACCUCUACUAUUGGAACCUACUAAUAAUUUGACCGGUGAUCUCUCAUAUUGUACGACGGGAAAGCCACAUUGGAAGGGAUGUCGUGUUCUUCAUUGUAGAGCACAGCGACUUCCAUAUCCCAGCCAAUACUAUCGCGGGAAGAUAGCAAUCUCAACGCGCCAGAUUGGAGCAAUGACUUUUGUAUCAGGGAUCGGCAUAUUCCCAUCCUCUAGGGAUGAGUAUGACGCCGUUAUAGUUGGGUUUCAUGAUCCUUUUGCUGCAACAUGGAUUCGCAUGCCAACUUCCGCGGCUAUAGACCAUAUCCAUGUGGCUUUCUCCUCACAAGGGCUGACAGGGAUCAUGUUCACCUUUACAAAUGGUACUGCCUCCCUCUGGGUUGGUGUCAGCGAAGGUCCAGGAGUUGCGCAGGGCUCAUUGGCUGCCGCUGGUGAUUCGACCCCCAGUUAUCUGUUGGCAGCUCUAGAUCUAUACAAAAUGGUAUCUUUGGGCAUCUAUGGCUUAGUUAAUCACCCCGACUUUCCUUCCUUGACGUCCUAGUACUGCAACGAUGACAAGCCGCCCAAAAUUGCCUGCCGGUAUUUCGAAUACCUAGAUAUCUUUAUACGUG